AUGGAUGAGACGGGUGUUUUGUUGAGUCAUCUAACGUCCCGCAAAGUGCUGAGUGUAUCGCAGCAGACGGGUUAUAUCUUGUCCCACUUAUUGUCUGGCCUUCCGCCACAACGUGUAGCAAUUGGUAUACUUACCCUACUCCCCACUGGCGUUUUACGUGCUCAAAGACCGGCUGGUGGUCGACCUCGCAUCCUGGUCAACGAUGGACUGGCCACGCAUAAAUCUCUAGAAGUGCUAACAUUUUGCCAUGAAAACAACAUCAUUCUCUGUCGUCUACCGUCCCACACCUCCCACAAACUCCAGCCCUGCGACGUCGGCGUCUUCGGUCCCUUGAAGGCUGCUUACCGUGAGCAAGUCGAACAGUUGUUUCGUGGUGGUGCAAACACCGUUGGCAAACAACACUUUACUCUGCUCUACGACCGCGCUCGAACCACAGCUUUCACAUCCGAAAACAUCAAGUCCGCAUGGCGCAAGGCAGGUUUAUUUCCUUUUGAUCCUGAUUGUGUGCUCCGAGGUAUGAGACACCCUUCUACGGGAAUGCUCACUGUGCCCGGUGCGCGAGCUGCCCUCAGUGCGCCGGUCAGCUCUUCAGUCGAAGACAUGCCCCCGACUCCGACCACGUCAGAAGCCUUGACGUCAAUGCGUGUGAAGGUCGAAGAAGAUCUGGCAUCGGCAGGGACCAGCAGCACACAGCGAGUGCAGAAGAUCAUCAAGGGUUUCCAGAGCACGCUCGCUCAUUGUGCUGUCUUGUCCGCUGAAAAUCAGUGGCUGGUGGAGCAGAAUAAUGAGAAGACGUCACGAGCUUCGGUUCGAUCAACUGUUGUAGGUGGACCCAAAGUGAUGACAUACGAUGACAUUAUCGAACGACAACAACUUCGAGAGACCGCAGAAAGACGAAACACUGUAGUAACAAAACGCCGUAAGGCUGGUCAACAACCUGCUGAGAGCCACACUGCAGAGCAGGCAGGGUGA